GCUUCCGCCCAGAAUCUUUUGUUGUUGCAUAGGUUGAUUGCGGGCGGUCGGAAACCAAAAUGUGUCCAUAUUUUACAAUGCCGCACGAAACGUUGAUUCUGCUCAACCGAAAUGACUUCGAAGCGCUUUGGGAUGCCUGAUGUGUGACCUGAACUGAGGAAGAUUCCCGCAGAAUUGCGCCAGCCAUGUUAGGCGACGACGGGGGAGGAGCAGAGGAGUUUGCAUGCUCGUGCUGCGAGCGGUCUUUCAGAACCGCGGAGCGGCUAGCGGUGCACAUCAAAGUGCAUCGAGGUGGUCCGGUUCGGCCGUUCCACUGCACCGAGUGCUGCCGGACAUUCACCCGGAGGGACAAGCUGUCGGAGCAUGAGCGCAUGCACAAGCACGGCAAGCAACACUGCUGCGGCGUCUGCUCCAAGGGCUUUAAGACCAGGUGCAGCCUGAUGGAGCACAUGCGCCGACACGAGGGCCUGCGCCCCUACAGCUGCGAGCACUGCCCCAAGCGCUACUUCUCGCGCACGGAGCUCAAGUGCCACGUGCGUACACACACUGGGGAGCGCCCCUUCCAGUGCCGCUUGUGCCCCCUGCGCCUGACCCACCAGGCCGACCUUCUCCGCCACGAGCGCUCCCACGAGGGGGACCGCCCACACAUGUGCCCGAUCUGCGACCGGAGGUUCAGUCGUAGCACCAUCCUGACACGGCACCUUCGGAGGCACACCGGAGAACGACCGUUCAAGUGCACCCUCUGCCCCAACUCCUUCACAAGGGCCUACUUGCUCGAGGAACAUCGCUCUAAUCACCCUGCGCCUAUCUUGUUCACUAAGGAGAUGCAAGCAGAAGAGGGUAAAAAUUGGAGGGUGAGAAAGACGAUCAAUGCGGCGAAAAGGCUGCAGGAAGGGUCUUCCGUGGUACGUGGGUCACCAAAGCGAGGUUCCAAGAAAGGUUCUUUGCGGAAACGGUCUCCGAACGAAGGCUCCAAAAAACCUUUGAAGGUCAUUACGGCAGCUGUCUUCUCGAGAGGUGCCUCUAACGCGACUGUGGUGAACAUGCCAACGAAAAGUUUGCCGCAGGAUGUCUCAGGGAGGGGACUUCCGGGAGGUUCCCUACAAUGUCUUCCACAACAAGGUCUUACAGCAGGCAUCUUAGAAGCUCCUCACAAAGGGAGCUCUCCAGGGGACCUGUCAGGUGUGCCAAAGAAGAGUUUGAUACAGGGUUCUUUGAAAGGUUCUUUGCGCAAACGGUCUCCAAAUGAAGAUCUUCAGAAACUUUUGAAGGUGACUACAGAAGCUGUCCUGGAUGGAUGGGCUUCUGAUGCAACUGUAGCAAGCGUGCCAAUGAAAAUCUUGCCGCUAGGUAUCGCGGAAAAGUGUUUUCCGGAAGCUAGUUCUCCAAAAGGAUUUCUACUAUGUCUUUCACAAGAAGGUUCUACAGAAGUCUACCGAGAAGCUGCUCAUAGAGAGAGCUCUCCAGGGGACCAGUCAAGUGUGCCAAAGAAGGGUUUGCCGCAGUGUACCCCAAAGGAAGCUUUUUUUAGGGGUUCUCCAGCGGAGUGUUUGCUACAAGAGCCAUCUUCGCAAGAGCUCUCCAAAACUAAGUGCUUUCCUGGAGGCAUUUGUCAGACAAAUGUGCCAAAGAAAGGUUCACAAAAGAAAAGUUCCUCAAAGAAGAGUCAUUCAAGAAAAUGUGGUUCUAGGAAGAGUGGUUCAAAGAAAAGAGAGUCAAAGAAAGCCACAUCCAAGAAGAAUGUGCCAAAGAUAUGCGGGACUGAAAACAUCUGGCCAGGAAAGGUCUUGUCCAAGGUUACCCUUCCCAAUGAAGUUCACCCUGAAAAUAUUUUGCCAGAUGACAUCUUGCCAGAGGAAGCUUUGCUUAGAGGAGGCUUGCCUGUGUAUGUGUUUCCUGGGCAAUUUUUGCCUUAAGAUAUAUGUUGGUUGUUUGGCCGCUUGGACAGUUUGUUGGAUGUUUCAUGGACAAUUGUUGGGACAGGUUUUGUUAGAAGAUUAUCUAGAGUGUUUGUUUUUUGUGCAUUGUUCUGCAAUGCCAUGUUUUGCCAAAGAAGUUUUCGCCAGCCAAAGAAAUUUAAACCAACUAUUUUUUUGUACUAAUCACUGUUUUGUGCAUGGCAUUCAUAUGGUUACAGAAUUCUCUAUGCAAAAUUUUUUUGUUUGUUUUUUUGGAGGGGGAAGGGGAGAGUUGCCAAAGAUGCUUGUAACUUUUUUUCAGGGGGCAUCUGGGUAUUUGUAGCACCUCAAAAAUUUUUCAUAGGGUGCUUGUUUCUGAGAACAUCUAAAUCCCACAUUUGGUUUAUUUUAUUUUUCUUUUUUUUUUCUAUUUCAACGUUAGCUCGAGCUUUCAACCAGAUGAAAUGUUUUUCAGAAUGUCGCCUUCCUGCCAAAUAAGAGACCUGGGUACUUACUGUUUGUUGCAUAUUUACACAAAAAUAUAAAGUGCCUGUCAUAUACAAAGGCCUCGAUGUUGUUGACUUUCAUGUUGACGUUAUAUGUGUGCCUUUUGUUCUGCCUUGAAAUACCUUGGAUGGAGGAUUCCGGCCAGUGUGUGCCUUGUGGGUUGGAAAGCAGUCUUGUCAUUUUUGUGAUAUAAAGCUUUUGCCAACAGGUUGA